UGGAUAUUGGAUAUCGUACGUGGGCGGUAUCCUAAAUAACGUUACCUAGCCGCCUUAUUAAAAUUUCAACUUGAUGUCUUCGUUUUUGGAAGAUCGUCGGAGAUCGCGGAAAUCCGCACCAGUUAAGAAUGCUAUUUUCUUAGGGGCUAUCAAUAAAGAGCGUUCGCGUAUCAACCCACUGACCUCUCAAAAUCAUGCAGAUAAAUUUUGUCACAGUGACCGGGGAAGUAGUCGGAAAUCAGAAAGUUCUUCCCACAUGGAAAGAUUCAGCAGAUCAUCCACUCAAAAUACUAGCUCGACAGCCCCUUUCCGCAUGUCGACGCCUGUUCGAAACUGUGAAACAACACCUAGAUAUCGAACUCGGCACCGAUCUAAAGAAGAAAAUUGCGAGCACAACAGGUCACGAAGCAUUUUAUCCUCGAUUGGAAGUCGUAGAAAAUUCCACCCAGACUAUGACCCCCUUAUUGAAAUCAGGCGUGCUCAGGAACGUCUCGACCGCUAUCGCACUCAAGGAGACUGGAAAGUUGACAUGCUAUUGUCUGACGAUGCAGACGAAGAUCUCAAUCGAUACGAAGAAAAGUUAAAGCGAAGACUGGCAGAAAAGGGGGAAACACAGCAACCUAUUGAGCUUGAAAGGAGGCAAAUGGAAUUGCUAAGAAGGCAAAAAGACAUUGAUAUGGGCAAAGUAACAGAACGCUACGCUGAAUAUGUAUUAAGCAUUCCGAAACCUGAGCGUCAGAAGUAUCAUCCUCGGACUCCCAACAAGUUUCGUAAAGUUUCUCGCCGUGCAUGGGACGGGAUGAUUCGCAAGUGGCGCAAACAUUUACACAACUUCGAUGAUCUUAAUUUUGAAGAUACUUGGCGUUCCUUAUCAACUGAUCUAUCAAGUAAUUUUUCCGGUUCAUCGUGGGUUUUGGGAAGUGGUGCAUCUAGUGAUACUGAAAAUGUGAACCCAGAGACUUAUUGUAUUCCUUUAGCGAACCAUAAUCAACCUCUAUCUCAUACAUUUCUAAGUCCAAAGGAUCUUACAGCGUCACCAACUAUUAAAAUUUCAAACAGUCGUAAUCAGUAUCGUAAGUACGAAGAAGAUGAGGAUACUUUACAGUCAAAUCCAAGGCAUCACAAAGAGGAGGAACGUUUUCAAGCCAUUACACCUAAAGAUGAAGAGGAAGACACCCUAACGGGUCCAGUCAGCAUCUAUCAAAAUCGAAGAAUAACACGAAAUUCUAAAAUGUUAUCUGGGCCUUCUGCUGAUGUGUUACACAGUGGGCUUACAAACGACAUGCAAUCACUUACUGCGGUAUCUCAAAAGAGGUCUUCAACACACCUUGAUCAAAGUUUUGCUAGUAAACGUACAGUAGAUAUUCAAAGUUUCACCGACUUCCCUCAUUUGGAUUCAUCUGAUGGCGUGUUUUCUCCAAAUAAACGAAGUAAGCGCGGUGUAAAACAUGAAGGAUGAAAUUGAUCACAAUACUUUGCUUCUUUUAAAUGGAAGUAUAUUCAGAUAAAUGAGGUCUUUGAUGGGAACAGUUAGCUUCAUUGUUUAUUUUGUCUGUUUGUCUUUUAAUGAGCCACUUUUAUUUUUGUCUUAUUUAUAUCGUGUUUAUUGUUUAUUCCUGUCGUUUCCAAUUUUGUAUCUCAUAGCUUGCUAAAUUUUCAAGGAUUUGUUACUUCAGUAAUCUUUCUUGUUAAUGAUUUCAGCCACCAAGUGAUUGUUUUUAUUACUUUGUUUCAGAAUGUUAUGAACUUAACAUUUUAAGUUAUAUGUUUUUCAACUAUGUAUCAUGAUGCAUGUUCUGAAAAAGAUUCAGUUAAUUAUCUUUAGUUCUGUCUUCAUGUAUAAAAAUAAUGUUAAUAUUAAACAGAAUUUCGAUUUUCAUUAUUUUUGAGUUGCUGCUAAACAAAUCUAGAAUUAUUAACAGUUCAACUUAUUAUGAAUAAUUAUAUGUGUAUAUCACCCAUUAAUCUGGUUAAAAUUCUAUGUAAAACCUUUUGUCUCUUACAUUGAGCAAGUUUUUAUUCUAUACUAUAGUUAAUAAUAUAUAUUUCAGCUGCCCUAUAAUCAUAUUACCAGUGGGUCUCAGAAAAUAUUAUACUAAUGCUUGUGGCACUGAAUUAUUUUGAGCAACUCACCUGUAACCUAAAUACUGAACAUAUGCUCCCAUACUUAUGAGGACUUAUUUGUCUUUUAAUUUAACUUAUAAUCUUGCCUUUGAUUAAGAUUGUCAAAUGUAAGUAAGCUCACAACCUAUCAUGUAGUAUUGUUUUGUCACUAGGUUUUUUUAUCC